AUGCAGGCAGCAAACGCCUUUGGGAGAUGUAAAAGUUUUGUGGGAAACCUCAAAGUUUUGUUGGAAGCCCUGUGGAUGGGAAGGGACCCCGUGGCCACAGCGUGGCAAAGGUUUGCCACAGGUUGCACUCUGUGCGGUGGUCCACUUGCCCUUUCAUCCCCAAUCAGGGAGCACUCCUUUGCUCAGAAUGUGGCUUCCCUGCAGGUGCCCCAGUCUGGGGUUGGGACUAUCUGCAAGCGUGUUUGCAAGUUGUUGGCAGGUUGUGGGCAAUUGCGCUGCCACUGCAAUGAUCUGGCAAUCUAG